AUGUCACGAGUUCUAAAGUUGAACAGACGAAAUGUGUUCGGAAAACGACUUCAGUCAUGUUCAACAUCACCAUUGACUGAAUAUUAUCGAACAGGUCCCUGCAAAUGGCAUAGUUCUAGUGAUUAUGGUGUGCAUAGAGUAUGUGCACAAAUGACAACUGAAUUUCUUGCAUUUACACGUUCACGUGGUAAUGACCUUUCUACAUCGCAGAAUAGUAGUGGCUUUGCUGGUCUGCGCGAGAAUGAUCGUUAG